AUGUGUCCGGUGCCGCCGCCGCCACAGCCACAGCAGCCGCCGGAGCGGGGCGCGGCGCGGGCCGGUGGCCCGGCGCGGCCCGUGAGCCUGCGGGAAGUCGUGCGCUGCCUCAGGGGCAGCGGCGGCGCCUGCGGCCGCCUGAUCCGCGGCCGCGUGCAGGGGCUGCUGGAGGAAGAGGCGGCAGCGCGAGGCCGCCUGGAGCGCACCCGCCUCGGAGCGCUCGCGCUGCCCCGCAGGGACAGGCCCGGACGGGCGCCGCCAGCCGCCAGCGCCCGCGCGUCGCAGAGCAAGAGAGGUGGAGAAGAGCGAGUGCUUGAGAAGGAAGAGGAGGAAGAAGACGAGGAAGAGGAGGAUGACGAGGAUGAUGUGUCUGAGGGCUCAGAGGUGCCUGAGGGUGACCGUCCAGCAGGUGCCCAGCACCACCAGCUUAAUGGCCAGCGAGGCCCUCAGAGUGCCAAGGAGAGGGUCAAGGAGUGGUCACCCUGUGGACCCCACCAGGGCCAGGAUGAAAGUCGGGGGCCGGCACCAGGCAGUGGUACCCGCCAAGUGUUCUCCAUGGCAGCCAUGAAUAAGGAAGGGGGAUCAGCCUCUGCUGCCACUGGGCCGGACUCCCCGUCCCCUGUGCCUUUGCCCCCAGGAAAACCAGUCCUACCAGGGGCCGAUGGGACCCCCUUUGGCUGUCCCUCCUGGCGCAAAGAGAAGCCAGCUGACCCCGUGGAGUGGACAGUGAUGGACGUGGUUGAGUACUUCACCGAGGCCGGCUUCCCAGAGCAGGCAACAGCUUUCCAAGAGCAGGAAAUCGAUGGCAAGUCUCUGCUGCUCAUGCAGCGCACGGAUGUGCUGACUGCGUCCAUCCGCCUGGGCCCAGCCCUGAAAAUCUACGAGCACCACAUCAAGGUGCUGCAGCAAGGCCACUUUGAGGAUGACGACCCUGAUGGCUUUCUAGGCUGAGCGCCCAGCCUCCCCCCAGCCCCAGCCCAUUCCAGCCCCUAUCUCACCCAAGACCCCCAGAGUCCAGGAGCUGGAUGGGGACACUCUCAGCCCUCAUAACAGAUUCCAGUGAGGGGGCAUUCCUCCCUAUUCAUCUCUUCCCUGUGUUUCCCCAGCAUACACACAUCUGGCCUCCAGCACAUCCUAUACUCCAUGAUAGAGGAGUGUGGGGUGAGACCGGGCCUGCUCAUGUCACCCCAGGAGGUUAGCCCUCCCCUCAAGUCUAGGACAUUUUUGAAAAAAACAAAAAAAAGAAAAAAAGAAAAAUGGGGGCUUCCUAUCUCCCCUAGAUCCUCUUCAGUUCAGCCAGAUGUUUCCUAUAUAAAUGUUCUGUU